AUGCGGCGUCCAGAUUCAACGUCAAACCAUUGCCAAGAGGUGGUGUGGAAAGCUCUGGGUACAGGAAUUCAUGCAGAUGAUAUAUCGCGUUGCGACCGAUCUGCCGAGGAAGAAGUGAACAGACGGGAGCUCGAGCUCGAAUUUGGUGUCGAUUUCAAAGUUGGAAAGAGUGCGUCCCUCAAACGCGAUCGUUCCUUCUGGCUGAAUGCGAUCUGUUCAUCUGAAGUUGCUAGCGCUGCUCAGAGCUCAGCCUACUCGAAAUACAGAAACACUACACAUCACCGCCUGCAUCAUAUCGCAAACUCGCAAGCUGGUUCUGGAUUCACUGAACGGUCUAUUGAUCCGGCUGAUAUGAAGGAGCAGAAAUGGACGAAGAGACAAUCUGAAUUCGCCAAAAUCAUCUUUGGGGGUAGGGCGUUGAACUAA